AUGUUCAAUAUAAAAAUAGUAGCGCACCACAUCAAUCAAAAGCCGUUGAAAUAUAUCCGGCCAGCUAUGGUUAUAGUACUGCUGCUGGGCCAAGUUCAAGGAAUCAAUCUCAAUCAUCUUCCUAUAGUACUGAAAACAAUUCUUUGCAGAGAAACCAAUCUUUGGCUUAGGCUUGACGCGUCUCGUGUACAUAGCGCGGAGGUGCGGCGGCGGUGCGGUUUCGGCGCGGAGGCGGCACCGUGUACUCACGGCCUAAUACUAUUAGAGACCGAACUGCAGUCAGUCAGCGUUGAGGAUCUGUCGUGUAAAGUGGGGCCACCAUGCAGCUUGGUACUUUCAGAUGGCACGGUAUUUACAGGCAAAAGCUUUGGAGCUCGGUUGCCCGUGGAAGGAGAAGUUGUAUUCCAGACGGGUAUGGUGGGAUAUCCGGAGUCCUUGACAGAUCCAUCUUAUCACGCGCAGCUCUUAGUGUUAACGUAUCCACUAGUUGGCAACUACGGAGUACCCGAUGAAGAGGAAAUCGACGAACAUGGAAUACCUAAAUGGUUUGAGUCUAACCGUAUUUGGGCUGCCGGACUGAUCGUCGGUGAAGUCAGCACUCGAGCAUGUCACUGGCGUGCCAAAACGCUCGCUAGGAGCAUGGCUAUCCGCCAAUGGCGUGCCAGGGGAGUACCACCUUUUGGUCCACUGCCACCAAUAAAAGAUCCCAACGCGCGUAACUUGGUCGCCGAAGUGUCGGUAAAGGAGCCGAAAAUAUAUAAUCCCAAUGGUACAGUUACUAUAAUGGCUGUAGAUUGUGGUUUGAAAUAUAACCAAAUCCGGUGUUUGAUAACGAGAAAUGCUAAGGUGGUAUUAGUUCCAUGGGAUCACGACUUAAACCCAAAUCAAUACGAUGGUUUGUUCAUUAGCAAUGGUCCUGGUGACCCAGUUAUGUUGAAAAAAGUUGUAAACAACAUACGUGCAGUGAUUGAAGAUAAAGUGAAUGUAAAACCGGUUUUCGGAAUAUGUCUCGGACAUCAAUUACUAUCUACUGCAGCUGGCUGUAAAACUUAUAAAAUGAGUUACGGUAAUAGAGGCCACAAUUUACCAUGUACCCAUAGUGGCACAGGGCGAUGUUUUAUGACAUCCCAGAAUCACGGAUUUGCUGUUGGCACUGAUACACUACCAAACGACUGGAAAGUUCUGUUCACUAAUGAAAAUGAUAAAACAAAUGAAGGCAUUAUACACAAAACAUCUCCAUUCUUCAGUGUGCAGUUUCACCCAGAACACACAGCUGGGCCAACGGACCUAGAAUGUCUUUUUGAUAUAUUUAUGAAUACAGUCAAAUCUUACAAAGCCGAAAAGCCUUGUGUCGUUGAUGAUAUUAUUACAGAGAAACUUAAAUUUGUACCAACCAUACAUGAAAGACCGAAGAAAGUGCUUAUUCUAGGCUCUGGGGGAUUGUCUAUUGGUCAGGCUGGUGAGUUUGAUUACUCUGGAUCUCAAGCUGUCAAAGCUUUACAAGAAGAAAAAAUUCAGACAGUCCUGAUAAAUCCGAAUAUUGCUACUGUUCAAACAUCUAAAGGAUUAGCAGACAAAGUUUAUUUUUUGCCGAUCACUCCGGAAUAUGUUGAACAAGUUAUAAAAGCAGAACGCCCUACUGGUGUCUUAUUGACAUUUGGUGGUCAAACCGCUCUAAACUGUGGAGUGCAAUUAGAAAAAUCUAAAGUAUUCGAAAAAUACAAUGUAAACGUGUUAGGAACUCCUAUUCAAUCAAUUGUUGACACAGAAGAUCGUAAAAUAUUUGCUGAAAAAAUUAACGCAAUAGGAGAAAAAGUUGCUCCUAGCGCUGCUGUUAAUUCAGUCGAUGAAGCACUUGUAGCUGCCGGGCAAAUCGGUUACCCAGUAAUGGCUCGUUCUGCAUUUUCGUUGGGGGGUUUAGGUUCUGGUUUUGCUAAUAACGAAGAAGAACUUAGGAUACUUGCUCAUCAAGCUCUGUCCCACUCUGAUCAACUUAUAAUCGAUAAAUCUUUAAAAGGCUGGAAGGAAGUGGAAUAUGAGGUUGUUAGAGAUGCAUUCAAUAACUGUAUUACAGUUUGUAAUAUGGAAAAUGUAGAUCCCUUAGGGAUUCAUACUGGAGAAUCUAUUGUGGUUGCCCCAAGUCAAACACUUUCAAAUAGAGAAUAUUACAUGUUACGAAACACAGCUAUCAAAGUAAUUCAACAUUUUGGGAUUGUUGGAGAAUGUAACAUUCAGUACGCCUUAAACCCAAAUUCGGAAGAAUUCUACAUAAUUGAGGUAAAUGCGAGACUAUCCAGAAGUUCCGCUUUAGCUAGUAAAGCUACAGGCUAUCCAUUGGCAUAUGUUGCUGCUAAACUCUCACUAGGAAUUCCUUUGCCUGCUAUUAAAAAUUCGGUUACUACUGUUACUACUGCUUGUUUUGAACCCAGUCUCGAUUAUUGCGUUGUCAAAAUUCCAAGAUGGGAUUUGGCUAAGUUUACGAGAAAAGCGUUGAGAAUGGUUGAUGAAAAUGUUAAGGGUUUUGACCCAAACAUUAAAAAAGUAAACGAAGGUGAAUUAAGUGAACCAACCGAUAAGCGAAUGUUUGUCUUAGCUGCAGCUUUAAAAGACGGAUAUACAGUAGAAAGACUAUAUGAAUUAACUAAAAUAGAUAAUGGCCACAAAAAACAAAGAAAAAAGGAAAGAAACAAAACCAACAAAAAAGCCCCCCAAAAAAAAAGGGAAAAAAAUGGAAAAGGAAAAAAGGGCAGCUACGCUGAUGUAGUAGUACUACGUCAUCCAGAACCUGGAGCUGUUGCUCGUGUAGCACGAGUGAGUCGCAAACCUAUAAUAAAUGCAGGCGAUGGAAUAGGGGAGCAUCCUACACAAGCGUUGCUCGACGUUUUCACAAUUAGAGAAGAAAUUGGUACAGUUAAUGGAUUAACUAUAACGAUGGUUGGAGAUUUGAAGAACGGACGGACUGUACACUCCUUAGCACGACUUCUUACUCUGUACCAAGUACAACUACAGUACGUAAGCCCUCCUGGUUUGGGUAUGCCGAAGCACAUAACAGAUUAUAUAGCCUCGAAAGGAAUAACUCAGAGAGUAUAUGAACGGCUGGAAGAUGUACUUGGUGAAAGCCAUGUCUUAUACAUGACGAGAAUACAACGCGAAAGAUUCCAAAGCCAGGAAGAAUAUGAAAAGACACGGGGCUUAUUAGUGGUUUCGCCUCAGUUGAUGACACGUGCUCGAAGACGUAUGAUAGUUAUGCACCCGCUGCCGCGUGUUGAUGAAAUCUCGCCAGACUUCGAUUCGGACCCUAGAGCCGCAUAUUUCAGACAGGCCGAAUACGGUAUGUACGUGCGCAUGGCUUUACUUUCCAUGGUCGCAGGAGUCAAUCCUCUUACGUAA